AUGGUGGAGGGUGGUGGUGGUAGUUGUCGGGUGGAGAUGGUGGAAGGGGGUGGUGGUUUUUGUUCGAUCUCCUCCGAUCAAGAUUUCAUUUUGUUCAAUCGUUCAAGCAUCCAUUCAUUUUGUUCUUACCCCCUCUUCUAUGAUGUGGAACCCACCGAGGUCCGCAAACAAAGUGGGGCAGUUGGAAAAGCGUUUGCCAAACAUGAAAAGGAAGAGGCUGCUGAGAGAUGGAGAAAUGCUUUGUCAGAAGCAGCCGGUCUGGCUGGGUGGGAGUUGAAGACCACUUUUGAUGGGCAUGAAGCUAAGUUCAUUAAAAAAAUUGUUGAAGACAUUUCGCUAAAGCUACAUUCCAUCAAUUUUAGUGUUGACGAGAACUUAGUAGGCAUGGAGACUCGGGUAAAUGAUAUAGUUUCAUCUUUAGAAACUGGCUAUGAGGGUGUUCAGAUGAUAGGGAUCAAGGGGAUGGGAGGUAAAAGCUUUGUGGAAAAUGUUAGAGAAGUUUCAAAAGGCUCUCUCUCCGGUUUGAAGGAAUUGCAAAAACAUGUCCUUUCAGACGUGUUAAAUGAUCCAUACAUUGAUAUAAGAAAUGUCUCUGAUGGGAAAAAUAUGAUGAAAAAGAUGAUGUGUAGUAGAAAGGUUCUUGUUGUUCUAGAUGAUGUGGAUCAUAUUGAACAACUUGAGGCGUUAGCUGGUAAUCCUAAUUGGUUUAAGCCGGGAAGUAUAAUUAUCAUCACAACAAGAGAUGAACAAGUGUUGGUUGCACACGGAGUUCAUGUUGACAAUAUUCAUAAUGUCAAUUUGUUAUUAGACGAGGAAGCACUUUGCCUCUUUAAUAUGCAUGCAUUUAAGAGAGAGAUACCAAUUCAAAUGUAUGAAGAGCUAUCAGGAGAAGUUGUACGUUAUGCUGCUGGCCUUCCCUUAACAAUCAAAGUCUUGGGUUCAUUUCUUUCUGGUAGAACAAAACGUGAAUGGGAAAAUACAAUAGAAAGACUGGACACAAUUCCGUUGAAGGAAACUUUGGAAAAAUUGGAGCUAAGCUACGACGGUCUAGAGCAUGAUCAACAACAAAUAUUCCUAGAUGUUGCAUGCAUACUGAAAGGUGAAAGGAAAGACAAUCAGAGUCUUGAAAGUUGUGGAUUUUGUGCCGAAAUAGGUUUAAGAAUUCUUGAGCAGAGAUCUUUGAUAACUAUAUCUAGUGAUGGUCAUUUGCUCAUGCAUGACCAUAUACAAGAAAUGGGUAGAUAUAUUGUUCGUCGUUUGCACCCUUAUGAGCCUGAGAGACAUAAUCGGUUAUGGAUUAAACAAGAGAUUGAAGAUGUAUUGGUUAAUGACUUGGGUACCGAAGCAACAAGAUGUAUAAAGCUGGUUGAUUCGAAUUUGCAUCCAGCUGUAAUUAUGAAAGGCCUUAGAAAGAUGAAUGAUCUUAGAUUUAUUCACGUCAAUACCCAUUUUGGUGAAGUUGAUGAAGUUGACCGAUAUUUACCAAAUACUCUACGAUCACUACAUUGGCCUGGAUACCCGCUUGAGUGUUUACCUAACACAUUUCACGCAUAUAGACUCAUUGACCUUGCAAUGGUUCGAAGCAAAAUCUGUCAACUCUGGAAAUGGGGAGAAUAUAAGGUACUUAAUAAGCUGAGAUUCCUUGACCUCAAAUAUUCAAACUUGAGAACCUUUGACCUUGGGAUGACUCUACAGCUCGAGAUGUUAGAUCUUAGAGAAUGUAAUGACUUUCUUGAACUCCACAUGCCCGUCACUCUUCAAAAGCUCAAAUUCCUCAACCUAAGUGGUUCUAACGUGAGUACCCUUAAUCUCGCGCUGACUCCACAUCUUGAGAAGCUAACUUUGUCGAUAAAAGAUAUAAGGCAUCUUCCGAAUGGCAUUUGUAUGUUGAAACAUCUUAAAUAUCUGAAACUUAAAUCUUGUUGGCUUCUUGAGCAGUUACCAGAGGAUCUAUGUAGAUUAGAGUGUUUAGAGGAGUUACACCUAACGGAUUGUUCAGUCUUACAAGAUCUCCCGAACAACAUCUGUAUGAUGAAAAGUUUGAAAUACUUACAUCUCCCCUAUAGGCUCUCACUAUUUGCACACUGA